AUGCACAACAACCUCACUGACCUACAGAACCUCGCAGACCUACAGAACCUCGCCUACAUACAGAGCCUCGCCUACAUACAGAGCCUCGCCGACAUACAGAACCUCGCCGACAUACAGAACCUCGCCGACCUACAGAGCCUCGCCGACCUACAGAACCUCGCCGACCUACAGAGCCUCGCCGACAUACAGAACCUCGCCGACAUACAGAACCUCGCCGACAUACAGAGCCUCGCCGACAUACAGAGCCUCGCCGACAUACAGAACCUCGCCGACCUACAGAACCACGCCGACCUACAGAACCUCGCCGACAUACAGAGCCUCGCCGACAUACAGAGCCUCGCCGACCUACAGAACCACGCCGACCUACAGAGCCACGCCGACCUACAGAGCCUCGCCGACAUACAGAACCUCGCCGACCUACAGAACCUCGCCGACCUACAGAGCCACGCCGACCUACAGAGCCACGCCGACCUACAGAGCCUCACCGACAUACAGAGCCUCGCCGACAUACAGAACCUCGCUGACCUACAGAACCUCGCUGACCUACAGAACCACGCCGACCUACAGAGCCUCGCCGACAUACAGAGCCUCGCCGACAUACAGAACCUCGCCGACAUACAGAACCUCGCUGACCUACAGAACCACGCCGACCUACAGAACCUCGCCGACCUACAGAACCAUUUUUCACACAAAGCAUCUGCUGCUGCGGCUCAGGCCACUCUGCUGAAACAGCAGGAGGAUCUAGAAAGAAAAGCUGCCGAGCUGGACCGCAGAGAGCGCGAGCUCCAGAGCAGAUCCUCAACAGGUAAAGAGAACAACUGGCCUCCACUUCCUAAGUUCUUCCCCGUCAAACCAUGUUUUUAUCAGGACUUCUCAGAGGAAAUCCCUGAACAGUACCGGAGGGUCUGCAAAAUGAUAUACUAUCUCUGGAUGUUCCACUGUAUGACUCUGUUCCUCAACCUGCUGGCGUGCCUGGCUUACUUCACCACCGGUGACCACGGAGUCGAUUUCGGCCUCUCCAUCCUCUGGCUCGUUCUCUUUGCUCCCUGCUCCUUCAUGUGCUGGUACCGCCCUGUCUACAAGGCCUUCAGGACCGACAGCUCCUUCAACUACUUCUUCUUCUUCUUUGUGUUUUUCGUCCAAGUUGUAAUCUUCAUCGUCCAAGCCGUGGGCAUCCCCUCCUGGGGCAACAGCGGCUGGAUCUCUGCCUUAUCUGUAUUCGGUUCACACAUGGCAGCAGGAAUCAUCAUGAUCAUAGUGGCCAUCCUCUUCACCAUGUGUGCUGCCACGUCUGUCGUCCUGCUGAAGAUGGUCCAUGGCCUGUACCGCCGCACCGGGGCCAGUUUCCAAAAGGCCCAGCAGGAACUGUCGGAGGGUGUCUUGAGCAGUAGAACAUUUCAGACCGCAGCCAGCGGAGCAGCUUCAGCUGCUGCCCAGGGAGCUUACAGUGGAAACAACUAAGUGUAGAACGAGCUGAAAGGAGCUCCUUCUUGCAGGUCAAGGUCUGUAUGUUAUAAGGUCUAGGUGAAAACACUGCACUUGUGAUGAACAACCAUGAUGCACAAGGUCUGCAGGCAACAACCCCUGCAGGGAUUCUACCUGAGCAGCAUCAGUGCUCAGCUGUUCUGGGUUUCUAGAACUUCUAAUCUGACCUUCUAAUGUAUAGACCUUGAGCCAGGUGAGGCCAUUUUUAUUUUUAGCCUCUACCGUGAGUUCAUGGGUAACUUUCCAUAGUAGCUUCUGGAUUUCACAUCCAGAGUCGCCCUGCAGGGCGACCUUGUCUGGCUCUGUGCGGAUUGAGAAAAUGAGUGGAGUGUAAAGUCGUACAUGGACAACUGGGACAGAAAACACAAAUGAAUAUGACUGAUUGCUACUUUAGCGCCUUUUUGCUUUGUAUAUUUUGUCAUCACUUUGUGACCGUGCUCUUUAAGUGUGUGUGUGUGUGUGUGUGU